GUCAAGUCCUGCGUUAGGAGUACAAGUCCAGUCAGGUCUGGCCGAAGGACCCCGAUUUCAGCAGCCAUGGCCCAAACAGAGGCCAAAACCACGUGCACGCGGCGCCGCCGCCAGUGUUUGUCUGGUGGCCAAAGUCGGCAGCAGCAACAACAGGACUAGCGGCUACCCUAAAAAGGAAAAUAACAAAUAGAGCUAACAAAUAUUCCCCAUUGUGUGUUUAAGUCGGCUUGGAUCGCGUACCGUUAGGCGCGGAGUGAGGCAUUGACUGAACAGAUCAAGCGUUAGUGAUUUGACUGCGGCACUGCCCUUGUGAUCCGUGCACUUUGGCAACAGUUGUCAGAUCCUUCGGGCUGGAAGGCCGAGCAUCAGAAUAAAUCACUACAGCUUCUGAAGAACUUAUCAAAGCUUGGUAUAGCAUCCGGUGCGGCAGGCUGUCUCACUUCCACAUCCGCAUUGUGCAGAAAAGGGAGAAAAAGAAGCAGCUCGUAAAAGGGGCGCUACAACAAUAACAAGAUUUUAUGACGGUCACAUAAUAACAUCGAAAACCCUGCCCACCCACAGCCACAGAGGCAGAAGGGGAUGCAAAUUACGUGGCACAUGAAGCGUCAAAGCGUUUGAUUCGAUUGUCAGCGGCAGAGAAGGAAAGCGCUUACCGCCGGAGUUUACACCUCCGCCGACUGGCUGCACAUCAGAGUGCUCUCGAGCGGCUUGAUUGAUUGACUGGCAGAUUGGCCGCAGGUCAAAGGUCGAAGGGCAGCAGCAAGGCAGCACUAUGAACAAGAAGUCGCCACUGCCGCUGGCGGCUUUCCUCGGCAGCGACGGCAGCGGAAGCUGUGCCGCCAGCGGCAGCAGCAAUGUGGCAGCCACAGCAGCGGCGGCGGCAGCAGCGAACGGUUCCGGCGGCCGCGGCGGUCGGCAGUCGUCGGCGGGCGGAGCGGCGGUCGGUGGCGGCGGCGCCUCCAAGGCAGACAAGCGGGAGGCGGGCGGCGGGGGCGUCAGUCUCUGUGGCUGUCAAAAGGCGCCCAAGUCGCACUGCAUAUCGGCAACAGGCGUACUUCUGCUGGUGCUGCUCUACACCGCCAUGGGCUCAAUUGUCUUCGUGACCCUCGAGGGCGAACUGGAGGACGGGGGCACCCUGGAAACCGCAGUGGCCGCCUCCAAGCCCUAUCCCCGCACCGAACUGGCCAACGCUGAGAUACGUUCCAGGACGGUGGAUCGCUUGUGGUCGAUAACGGAGGACCUGAACAUACUGUACAAGGAGAACUGGACCCGCCUCGCCGCCCAGGAGGUGCAGCUGUUCCAGGACACUUUGCUGCGGGCUGUGCGCCAGUCUAAGGUCUAUCCCCCCGGCGGCAUCCAGCUGAAUGCACCGACACACAAAUGGACCUACGCCUCGGCCUUUCUGUACUCCCUGACAUUAAUUACGACGAUAGGAUACGGCGGCAUUUCACCCCGGACGCAGUGGGGCCGGGUUGCGGCCCUGGUAUACGCCCUCUUCGGCAUCCCCAUCGUGCUGCUCUACCUGUCCGCCAUGGGCGAGGCCCUCUCGGCGGGCAUGCGCUGCCUGUUCCGGCGGCAGCGGGUCAAGGGCGGUCCUGGCAGCGGAUCCUCCGGCGGAGGCGCCUCCGGCGGCGUGGGCUCGGGCGUGGGCGGAGUCGGCGGCGGCGGACGCAAGCAGGACAAGGGCAAGGGCCAGGGGCACUAUGGCCACCAGAAGCUGCAUCAGUACGGACUGCCGCCCUCGGUCUACCAGCAGCAACAGGCGCAGCAGCAGGCGCAGCAGCAACAGGCGCAGCAGCAGUCGCAGCAGCAGCAGUCGCAACAGCAGCAGGCGCAGCAGGGCAAGAAGUCCUCGGGCAGUCGCCGCGGCUCACCCAGCGUGCCCAUCUCCAUCUGCGUGUGCGUCCUCCUCUGCUACGUGAGCAGCGGGGCCAUCCUCUUCCACAAGCUGCAGAACUGGAGUGUGCUGGAGUCCCUGUACUUCUGCUUCACCUCGCUGGGCACCAUUGGAUUCGGCGAGAUGGCGCCCAACGGCUCGGUGGCCCUCUACACGGCCUCCGCCUACAUCCUGGUGGGCAUGGCCGUGGUGGCCAUGUGCUUCAGCCUCAUCCAGACGGAGAUUGUGCUGUGGCUGCGCCGCUUCAGUGUGCAGGACCAUGUGAUGCCCAAGGCCGAGGAGCUGGCCCUCGUCACCGUGGCGGUGACCCCCAAGCCCUCCUGACAGCGACCCAGCGCGGAUCCCAGUGUGGGUGUGGGCCUGGGAUUGGGCUUGGCACAGCCGCAGAAUAAUCUCGGCCAGCAUCAGACCAUGUUCUUCGGCCCCGCCCAUACGCUCACGCAGUACAGCUCGCUGCCCCGCAGGAGCCACCUGCAGGGCGGGGUGGCCAAUGCCGGAGGAUCGGCCUUCCAGCGGAACACGCCCAUACGGCGAUCGACGGGCAUACCCGAACACCACCUGGAGUACUUUGUGCCGCGCAGCAUCAGUGAGUUUAACCUGUCCGGAGUCGGGGACCUCGCCCUGCCGCCGCCCCGGCGCUACUCACCCAACAUGGGCGUGGGUGGCAUGAACAUGGGCAUGGGCUCGGGCAUGGGCAUGGGCAUGAACAUGGGCAUGAACAUGGGUAUGGGCCUGCCGCAUGGCCUGCAACUGGGUCCACCCCAGACGCUGCUCUGCUCGGCCACGCCCUCUGUGCAGCAGCAGCCGCCUCCGCCGCCCGCCCAGCUGCAGAUUGUGACCCUGAAACCGCGCAGCGAGAAGAUGGUGACCUUCGAGGACGAGUCCAAGCAGGCGGCUGGGGCUGCCGCCUCCGGUUCUGGCACCCCGCCGCACUGCCCGCACGGAGUGCCCACCACCCCGCGAAAGUCGCCGGCCGUGGGCGACAUAUUCAUGUGACCCCAAGGAACCCAGGACGAGGCUGCCCAGCUGGACGCGGCCAUGCGGCUGCGCGACAGCAUCGACGAUGCACUGUGCCCAAAGGCUGGACCGGCGCCAGGUGAAGUGAUACGUGUCUAAGGAGCCAAGCACACACACACUAUCCCACACCCCCACACUCACACGCACACUGUAAGUAAAUGCACAGCCCACACACACCUACUCAAAUAGGAGCGAAAGUGAAAAAAAAACAAAAGCAAAAGCAUUGCCUACUUUUGAGGGCUCCACUCUCAACUUGAGGUUCAUCGUGUUUUCCCCACAACAAGCAUAUAACUAAAACAUUGAGCAAAUAUUUAUUAUUAUGUGUGUAAAUAUAGCAAACAAAAAACGGAAAGCAAAGGGAAAACAAGCAAACAACUGCAGUCGAGUCGACAGAAUGAGGGAGAGUGAAUUAAAAUUAAAAUUAAAAUUCUAAAUGAUAAAUGAUAAAUGCAUAAAUAAUUGAAUGCUGCAUGAGGGCGUUUUACGGUUAAUGCCGCAAAGCAGGAAUCCAGAAAUUAAUAAAUACACACACCAUGAAUAAUAAAUAGCGCCUGGGCGUGGCAUUUAAGGGGCAAGAAGAGCAAACAAAAUGCAAAUGAAAAUGACAAAUUGUAUAAAUACCAAAGGACAAAGUUUAUUUAAGCGAUUUGUUAGUUAGUUGCCUCUCUGCUUUUUUGUCGUUGCUGGUUUGCAAAAUUUCAAUUAGUUCUAUUUGUUGUUUUGCACGGCAAAUAUAAAUUGCCGGAAGGCAGAUUUUUUGCAUUAGGCAGGCCAAAGAUAUUACUUUUUUUUCUAACUGUCAGGCCAAUUGAUAUGCAAACAGUGCCAAUAUUUCUGUACCUUUUUUCCACGAGACAGCAUUCCGAAUGUCGCCAUGGAAGAGAGUCCAUCCUGUUUUCCUAGUUAUAAUGUGCCAAGUUAGGUGUAAAAAUGAAAUGUAAAACACAAGAAAACAAUAACCAAACUGUAUAAUUUACAAGACACAUUUCUAACAAUCGAACUGUUGUAUGUACUUUAUGCUCAGAGUGUUAAGUGUGUAUAUGAAUGUAACAUACGUCUUAGCAUAAUAUAGAAGUGCCAAAGGAAGGGUCACAGCACACGGUUAGUGUUCGGGAAACGACCUUUGAACUGGGCCGGUGAAAAAUGCCACGUAGAAGCGAUCAACGAAUUACCAACGAUUUAUCCAGAACUCGGGUGGCGUUUUGCUUGAGUGUUCCGCUUUUCAGCCAUCAUUUUGCAUCGCUUUGGAGUCGAGCCCGCCCACUGGCAAUUAGGUUUAAAUACUUUUUAAAUGCAUUUUGAUUGUAGGUAAUUGAGCGCGUGAAUGGCCGCUUGUUGUUUGUUUCUGUUGGUUUUGGCCUUGUUUGCUGUUUUCUGUUUUCCGUUCUCCGUUUUGUAUUUUGUGUUUUGGCCCGACAGGGUUUCCAAUUGGAGGGCUGUCAAGCGAGCGGAGCUCAUUUGAACGCGUUUCUGUUUCAUUUAAAAUAAAUUCAAUUUGAGCGAGCGCCCCACCAGAGCGGGCGUGGCACUUGUUAAUUUUUGCCAUAUUCAAUUUGUGGCAUUCAAUUAAAAUAGUGAAAUUAAGCCAGAUAGGAUAGUCAUUGCUCGUGAGCGCAAGCACACAAUAUAUGCAUAAAACAAAAACUGAAGAGACAGGGGCAUAAAAAGUGCAGGACAGCCCUAAAAUCGAUGGGUUGCGGCCCGCGAAAACUAAUUGCAAGCCCAACUUGUGUCAUAGCCUAAGCCAAUUCAGAUAUAUGUCUAUGUAGUUAAUAACUAACUAACUAACAGCCGAGCAGAGCCGUAAUGGCGAAACAAAGAGCGAUUAAACAAAUAUUGAAAUUAAGCCAAUGUAAUUAAAUUAAGUCCACUUCAACACGCUCGCACACAGAUACACACGCACACACGGGCAGAGGCCGCGCAACCACAGACAAAUUAAUGCCAUCAAGUAACACGGAAUAACUAAAUGUAACGAUACGAUACGAGUUUUUUUUGUCAAAUUCCUAGCACGGUAAGUUGAACUUUUAGGCUAACCGCAUGGGCUCAUUGCGAGUGGCAGUUAGGGAUAAAUUACUCUAAUUCAUAUAUGUACUCCUAGUCCACUAGAUACAUAUACAUAUGCAUAUACACAUAGAUAUGUAGCCGUACACAAAACGAAACUAAUCUAGCAUUGAGAAGGCAAACAACAAAUAAGAAAUGAAUACCGCAGUUCGCAUCAUAUAUAUGUACACAAACAUCUCUCUCUCUAUACACACAUAUAUACCAGCCCAACCAAAGAAAAGAGAAGAAUAAAUACAUCGUGAACAAUUUAGUCAAAAAUCAA